GGGGGGAGGGGCAGGUGGUAGUUGCAAACGUGUUUUCUGUUUUAGGGUUUCGGCUGCUAAGCUAAUUUAAGUCGACAUGUCUGGCCGUGGAAAGCAAGGUGGUAAAGCCCGGGCCAAAGCGAAGACUCGGUCAUCCCGAGCCGGCCUGCAGUUUCCAGUCGGCCGUGUGCACCGCCUGCUCCGCAAGGGCAACUACUCGGAGCGGGUCGGGGCCGGCGCGCCCGUGUACCUGGCGGCCGUGCUCGAGUACCUGACGGCCGAGAUCCUGGAGCUGGCGGGCAACGCGGCGCGCGACAACAAGAAGACGCGCAUCAUCCCGCGCCACCUGCAGCUGGCCAUCCGCAACGACGAGGAGCUCAACAAGCUGCUGGGCCGCGUCACCAUCGCGCAGGGCGGCGUGCUGCCCAACAUCCAGGCCGUGCUGCUGCCCAAGAAGACCGAGAGCCACCACAAGGCCAAGGGCAAAUAAAAAUCUAGCCCAGGCCGCACGCAUUUUAUACUCCAGCAAAUAAAAGGCUCUUUUCAGAGCCAUCCA